AUGUUUCGGCUUACUGCUCUCCUCGCCAUUAUUCGCUUGGUAUCCUCUUGCAAUCCUGGUGUAGGACCAGAUGCUACAAUCGUAACCAAUCCUAUGUUCACAUUCUCAUUCUACCCGCCUAUAGCAUGGACAUAUUACGACGGAAUACCGCCCACUGGCGUUCAAGCUGCCACCGCCACUGUGUAUCCUGGGCAGCAGGCUUCGUUGAGUGAUGCCCAGCGGGUAAUGCAGAACGAUGUUGACGCGGCAAUCUUGAAAGCUCUGAAUAACCUUGGGGUGGCACCGCAAGGUACGACGUGGCAGCUUAGCGGCUACACACCUCAAAACUGCCUCAUUAGGGCUGACAAUGGCCAGCAGGGAUGGAGAGCAGUAGGAACGUGCGUUCCACAAAUCGGCGCUGUGGUCGCGAAACGGACAACGGCUGACUCUGACACAGGGACUAGUAAUCUUCAGAAUGGAGUACUUCGCGUGACCACCUCGCUACUCGUGACUCGAUCGCAAUGGAAGUAUAUUGCGUCAGAAGUCUACAACCAACUCAAUGUCUACUCCAAGGUCUACUUCACCACCCCAAUAGAGCUUAAAUAA